AUGUUCGCCCACUGGCUGUGCUACUUCAACAGCGCUAUCAACCCGCUCAUCUAUAACUUUAUGAGUGUAAAAUUCAAGAAAGAAUUCAGAAACGUGUUCUCUUGUAACAAGCGCCCCAACACACCCCUUCACGAGAGUACCUGCUUCAACAGCUACCGAAAAAACCGUCAUCUGAAUGCCAGCUGCAACAGCAGCCGUAGUGCCACCAAGAUGUUGCGUGCCCAGGAGUUCGCCUACCCAACGUUUCACGACGCCAAGGGUGUGCAUGUCAUGGAUGACGAUAUCAUGGUCAGCGGCGAAUCUGUUUAA